CAGAGGCACAACUGCAACGUAAACCUCCCCGGCAGUUACUACCUCAGUUCCCUUCAUUCUGCUGUGGGAUACCAGCAAACAUACAUUUUAGACACGAACAGCUAGUUUUGUGCUAUGGGUCCUCAAUCCUAACAUCCAAUCUCCCGUCUUCAGCGACCGAUGAUCGCCGUCAUUGAAGCAGACAGUUGUAUGUGGUGAUCUGUCCCGCAAAAACUCCCACAAUCGCACUGUAAGUCCCUCUGCGGUCGACCUCCCCCGGACGAGAUGGAUGAUGCAUACAGGGACAGAACGUCGCUCGUGAAGGGGGCCAAGGACAUCGCCAAGGAGGCCAAGCGGCACGCGGUGAAGAAGGUCAACAAGGUGGUGGACCGGGCCUCGGACGAGUACUCCCAGCGCACCUACAGCCGCUUCCAGGACGAGGAGGACGAUGACGACGACUACUACCGGCAGGACGGCAACUACGCGGGGGGCGCCGCCAACGACGAGGAAGGGUCCAGCGACGCCACGGAGGGCCACGACGACGAGGACGAGAUCUACGAGGGGGAGUACCAGGGCAUCCCGGGCGAGGGGAGCCUGAAGGAGGGCCAGGUGGCCGUGGGGCAGCCGGUGGCGGACGGGCUGAAGGACCGGAAGGAGCUGGAGUCGGAGCGGCAGGCGGACGAGGAGGAGCUGGCGCAGCAGUACGAGCUGAUCAUCCAGGAGUGCGGGCACGGCCGCUUCCAGUGGCAGCUCUUCUUCGUCCUGGGCCUGGCGCUCAUGUCCGACGGCGUGGAGGUCUUCGUGGUGGGCUUCGUGCUGCCCAGCGCCGAGACGGACAUGUGCGUUCCCAACUCGAGCUCAGGCUGGCUGGGCAGCAUCGUGUACCUGGGCAUGAUGGUAGGGGCGUUCUUCUGGGGCGGGAUGUCGGACAAGGUGGGCCGGCGGCAGUGCCUGCUCAUCUGCAUGUCCAUGAACGGCUUCUUCGCCUUCCUCUCCUCCUUCGUGCAAGGCUACGGCUUCUUCCUGCUGUGCCGCCUGUUCGCCGGCUUCGGGAUUGGAGGAGCAGUGCCCAUCGUGUUCUCCUUCUUCGCGGAGGUGCUGGCGCGGGAGAAGAGAGGGGAGCACCUGAGCUGGCUCUGCAUGUUCUGGAUGAUUGGCGGUAUCUACGCCUCAGCAAUGGCUUGGGCCAUCAUCCCCCACUAUGGUUGGAGCUUCAGCAUGGGGUCUGCCUACCAGUUCCACAGCUGGAGGGUGUUUGUGGUGGUCUGCGCCCUGCCCUGCGUCUGCGCAGUCGUGUCCCUCACCUUCGUGCCAGAGAGUCCCCGCUACUACCUGGAGGUGGGGAAGCACGACGAGGCCUGGAUGAUCCUCAAGCAGAUCCACGACACCAACAUGCGGGCGCGUGGGCAGCCGGAGAAAGUCUUCACCGUGAACCGCAUCAAGAUCCCGAAGCAGAUCGAUGAGCUGGUGGAGAUGCAAUCUGAGACGGGGAACCCUGUCUCCAAGGUCUUGUUCAGAGUGAAAGCUGAACUCUACGGGAUCUGGCUAACAUUUCUGAAGUGCUUCAACUACCCUGUGAAAGAUAACACUGUCAAGCUGGCUAUUGUGUGGUUUACGCUGUCUUUUGGGUUCUAUGGCCUGUCCGUCUGGUUCCCCGACGUCAUCAAGCACCUGCAGGCGGACGAGUACGCCUCGAAAGUCAAGACCCACAACAACGAGCGCAUCGAGGACUUCACCUUCAACUUCACCCUGGAGAACCAGAUCCACACCAACGGGGUGUUCAUCAAUGACAGGUUCAUCAGCAUGAAGUUCAAGUCGGUCACCUUCAUUGACUCUACCUUUCGGAACUGCUACUUUGACGAUGUGACCUCUGUGGGCUCUUACUUCAGGAACUGCACUUUCAUUGAAGCAUUUUUCUUCAACACCGAUAUCGAUGACUCCAAGCUGAUCGACACAGAGGUGAUAAACAGCACGUUCCACCACAACAAGACAGGGUGUCAGAUGACGUUCGACGACGACUACAGCGCCUACUGGGUCUACUUUGUCAACUUCCUGGGGACGUUGGCGGUGUUGCCAGGGAACAUAGUGUCAGCGCUCCUCAUGGACAAAAUAGGACGUCUGUCAAUGUUAGGUGGCUCUAUGAUCUUGUCGGGAAUCAGCUGCUUCUUCCUGUGGUUCGGGACCAGCGAGUCUAUGAUGAUAGGCAUGCUGUGCCUCUAUAAUGGCCUUAGCAUAUCUGCCUGGAACUCCCUGGAUGUGGUCACUGUGGAGCUCUACCCUACGGACAGGAGGGGGACGGGCUUUGGUUUCUGUAACGCACUGUGCAAGCUGGCAGCGGUCCUGGGGAACAUGAUUUUCGGGUCGCUGGUGGGCAUCACGAAAGCCAUCCCCAUCCUGCUGGCUUCGGCCGUCCUGGUGUGCGGGGGGCUGGUGGGUCUGCGGCUGCCGGACACCAGGGCCAAUGUCCUCAUGUAACACCCCCCUCCCCCCCACCUGCUCGGACCCCCGCCUGGGCAACACACGGGUGCAAAAGGCUUAGACCACAGACAACACUACUGCAUUUUCACACUCCUUUCUGUUUAUAUAUUUAUUUAUAAUGUGUUGUACAUAUAAUGUCUUAUUUAUUAAUGUAUUUAUUUAUACACAGCCUGGUGCAUUGGCUCAGCAUCUCAAUGCCACUGUAGGGAUUUAUGAACCCACAGCUGCUCUUGUACUUUCUCAUCAUUAUAUCCUUAUAACACUAGCUGAUUCAAGAGCAGAUUAAAAGAGCACCUUUGGCAUUUCUCUGAAGUGUUUCCACUGUUCCCCCAUCCUUGUAUCAAUUUCGAUCGAUGUGUCAGUGCCGGCUUCAGAUUAUUUUCAUUUCCUCGGAACAAGCAACAGCAGACACGCGAAAUGAAACCCAGGGAAGGUGCUUGGCAUGGUCGCACCAAGUAGAUGGCCUUUACAGGUCUGGUUUAUAGAAGUUUGGUACAUCAGGCCAGACUCUUCCGCUGAGUCUGUUACAUUCAGAAAAGAACUUCAGGUGCCCUAUAUUUGGAAUAAGGACUUAGUUACUGUUGUGAUUAUUCAUGCACUUCUAUUAGGGUGCGCCAGAUGGAUGGCAGAGUGAAAAACAAGCACUAAUGAGAAACCUCAGUCUGCUCAGAGAUGUCCUGGGAGAGCCUGCAGCCCAGUGAGUCCAGAGGAGGCAGAAUCAUGAAUCAUAAAGAUGCACUAUAGCUGAACUAUUCAUUAAUGAUAAACUGAAAAUACCGGCACUAUGCUAUUUAGGCACCUAGGCCUCAGUCUCACUGCUAAUGCUAUUCAUGCUCUGAAAUAAUGUCAAAACUCAUCAAAUUUUCAGUGGAAAUAGAAAAACUGCACUUAUUGUUAAAACCAAGACAUAUUUUUUAUCAUAUAAAGUACUUGCCUGUCAGAUUUUGCCUAUUAAAUUCUUGCCUGUCAGGUUUUUGUGAUUUUGAUGUCAUCGCACGUCAACCAUGUAAAUGCAUACUUGUUGAAUUUAAUUCUGC